AUGUUACAAGCAUCAAGGAAUGGUCCCGACAGCCAAGCAGACAACUCUGCCGCCGGCAACGUCUCCCUUGCACGCAAAGACGGCAAAAAGCAUCUCCUCCUAGCCGUCUCCGGCUCUGUGGCCACCAUCAAAAUUGCCAACAUCAUCAACGGCCUGGCCUACCAUAGCAAUCUCUCCAUCCGCCUCAUUCUCACCGGCUCGGCUGAGCAUUUUCUCAGCGGCCAGUCCCACGAACAGCCCACGCUCGCUGAAGUACGACGUCUACCCAACGUUGAUGGCAUAUACACAGACGCCGCCGAAUGGACGAGGCCAUGGACACGGGGCGCUCCAAUCUUGCACAUUGAGCUACGCAGAUGGGCGGACCUUCUCAUGAUUGUACCCCUCAGCGCGAAUACCAUGGCCAAGAUGGUAGCAGGGAUAUGCGAUAAUUUGUUGCUCAGCGUUGUGAGGGCCUGGGAUCAUGACGGGUCCAUCGACGGCCUCAAAAAGAAGAUUGUCGUGGCGCCGGCCAUGAACACUGCCAUGUGGAGGAACCCGCUUACUGCGAAACAUGUCAAGACGUUGGAACAGGAUUGGGGCGGUGAUGAUGGCUGGGUGGAAGUAUUGACGCCCGUGUCCAAGAAUCUUGCGUGCAACGAUGUUGGUGAGGGUGCCAUGGUCGAAUGGCAAGUCAUUGUGUCGGUGAGCAUGAGUGUGGUUAUAAGAAGGAAUAAAAUAUCCAUUGAUGGUACCAGACCUGUAGUUGGACGCACGAGUGUCAAGUCGUCAAUCGUUCCCGAUGUCGUCUGGGCUCUGUGCCAACUGCAAAUUGCGACGACAACUGCUUGCCAGCUGUCUCUCUCCGGAGCAGAGCCAGACACCAGACAGCAUGCACUUGCUCUCCUGUACGGCCGACUUCUAUCAGACCAGACACCUUCACUUCACCCUCACAUUCUCCAGAGCAUAAUCUCCAACACGCCAAAUCAUCAUCCAUCAGCUUCGAUCGCCAUGUCACCAGUACACGCCGAUUCUCCUCGCGACGGAAGCUCCUCUACCGCCGCCGACAAGGCAAUUUCCACUCUCCGCGCUAGACUUUGCAGCGAAGACCCAUUCCCAGCUUUCCACGGCCCGUCUUCUGCUGAGUCGUAUCCCAACCACAAUGAUAUCUACCGCCAGCUACGGAGUGCAUUCUCUGCCACCACUGGUUCCGGAAUACCUUGCACUUCAGAUGCCGGACGAGCCAUUAUGGACAAACUAGAUGGUAGGUUGCAAACCUCAGAUGGCACAUCUCCACAAACAUACAAGUUGGCGAUGUCUAAACUCAAGAACGUCCACGACGUCAUUUCCGACCAAAUCAAUGCGUUCCACGCCGAAUCCGUAUCGACAUUAAGUGUCACUGCUGCCCUCUAUGGGAACAUUACCUAUCCUCUAUCUGCAACCCUAUGCCACUCCAAGCGAUUUCCCAAGGGAACAAUUCAGAAGCACUUGUCGUUACUACAGGAUAAGAUAUCCACCGCGGAAAAAGAACUACAAUUCCUCAACAAGGAAUGGAUUGCUUGCACUGAACAAGAAGCAGAAAUUCUGGAGGUGCCCGCCGGCAGUGAUGAUUCAAAUGUGAAAGAGAACAUGGAGGCACUAACCGGCGAGAUUGACGGGAUUGUAAGAGACAAGACUGCUGAUAUUGAGCAAAUGGACAAGGUGAGUGGUCCGACGUCGAGUCGUCUAACCAAUACUAAUUAG